AUGUUAUUAAGUGUUUAUAUAUAAACACAGAUUAUAAGCUAGUACAUGGACAUGAGAGUUUGAUAAGAAUACUCAUGCCAUGUCAGUUGAGUUUUCAUACAAGUUUAAACAUAAUCACAUUUUUAUCCUAAGGUUUAUCUUUCUUUCUUUUUGUUUAUAUUGUUGAUGUUUUGCUUUAUAAAAAUCUACAAUGUAUAGUGCAUUACAAGUAAUUGUUGUUUGCAAUUUUUGUGUGUGCACAUACAUGUAUAAAAAGGCAAUUCAUGCAUGAUAUAUCAAUGAAUCAUUCAUUACAUUUCAACAGUGAGCACUAUUUCAGUUUUUUAUAGUUUAUAUUUGUUUUCAAAACAGGAUGUCGUUUCAUGAUAACGUGAAUGCAAAUGAAGAUAAUACUGAUGAUGAAAGUAGACCAAGUGAGGAGGAUGACUUGAACUGUACCGGAAAUGUCAGUCUCUCUGUUCAGACCCCAUUAUCAUGUAAUGCUUUCAGCACACCUACAGAUACCAGAAAGCCACUGCCAGUCCCAGUUCUGACUCCUCAAUCUGAUAGGAAAACACAUCAACGAAUAAAGAAAGCAAAAGUAAGACUACUUCCAAAAUACCUUUGUCAGACAAGAAGUGGAAUGUCUGUUGCUGUUGACACGGCCUGGCACAAGCGAGGAUUUGAUUCUCUAACCUCUCACACUUUCUUCAUGACCACUGGGAAAUCUAGACAGCCAAAUAAAGUUGUUAAAACAAUAGUUAGCCAUCGGACCUGUGGUGUUUGUAAUUGGUGGAGACGCAAAAGGCCGGGCCAGAAAGUACGUCCUCAUGCAUGUGUCAGAAAUCAUAGGGGCAGUGCAAGAGCUAUGGAAGCAACAAGUGGUGUGAAAGGGGUUAAGGAACUUUUAGCUGAAGGUAUACCAGUGGAAUACUUGGAAGGUGACGGUGACAACACCCUUAUUUCUCGAUUAAAAACUGAUCUCGGUGUUUCAAUGAAGAAACGUUUUGACAAGAAUCAUGUUGUAAACUGAAAGGUGAAAAAGGUGUUAAACUUAGCAAAACUGUCAUUUCUCAUCUAGAAAAAUGUUUGAAAUAUGCAUUUGCAAAAAAUCAAGGCGACAAAUUGGAAUGGAAGAAAACCUGAAGGCUCUAGUUCCACAUCAGUUUGGUGAUCAUAGUUUGUGUCA